AUGCGGCCAUGGGAGGCCUUUGGGGCCGGACUGGCCGUCGUGGCCUCCAUCGUCUCGAACUUGGGCGUCAAUGUACAGAAGUAUUCGCACUUGAGCGAAGCUGCAAGACCGGCGUACGCGCGCAGGCCGUACAUUCGCUGCCCCGUGUGGUGGGUGGGCCUCGCGCUCGUCGUGCUCGGGAGCUUGGGCGACUUUGCGGCGUUUGGGUUUGCCACGCAGUCACUUGUGGCGGCGUUGGGAGGCGGCGCGACGCUCGUGGCCAAUGUGGUUACUGCUCAGUGUCUCAAUGGGGAAAGACUCGAGAAGACAGAUGUUAGCGGUGUGCUGUUUGUUAUCAUAGGCGUCGUGAUCAUUGCGGGCAUUGCCGAACCGAAUGUCGAGUACCCGCUACCAGAACUUGAGCUGAGGUUUGUCAAAACGCCGUUCGUGGUGUACAUCACUUGUGUUGGCGUUUGUGCCGUGAGUAUGCUGGCAACGAUCAAAGGCUCAGUAGCAAAUAGGUUGAAAAACCAGGUGUACUGGUCCAAUAAGCGCCAAAAGAAGCUCAUGAAGCAAUUUGACCAUCGAGUGCAGAGACUUGAGCAACGGCUUUUGGACAUGGAAGUGAAGCUGCUACAAGUGAGCUCGUCGACUCCUGUGCUCCCAGUCGGUCUUGUGAAUCCUCCUGCAAUGAGCACAGAGCUGCGUGAGCUGAUCGAUUCCACCAAUGCCGAGGACACAGACGCAAGUGGAGAAACGGCCGUUGGAAAGUGUAUUUACAGGGUUCCUUACUACUACGCUGUGUGCUCGGGUAUCGUGGGUGCGAUGACAGUGCUGCUAGCAAAGUGCUCUGCCAUUAUGAUCUCGCUCACUCUCAAGGGCGACAACCAGUUCAAGUAUGGCCUGACGUACAUUUUCUUGGGGGGCAUGUUCGUCUGCAUCCUCGUUCAGACGCAUUUUCUGAACAUGGCUACAGCUUCGGGAGACAUCAUGACCGUGUUCCCCAUCUUUCAAGCUUGCUGGAUCACUUUUAGUGUUGUUGGCGGUGCGGUCUUUUACCACAAUGACGACGAGCCGACAUCGACGACGGACAAGGUGUUCUACCCUGUGGCACUGCUUUCCAUUGCAGUGGGCGUCGGGAUGCUGGUGCAGCAUAGCUCUUCUUCUGUGGAAAACAAGGUCAAAACGAGCGACAUCGGUGACGCUCAGAUGAGGUUUAACACGAGCGACGAGGAUGUAGACUUGUUGCUCAGUGCGGACUCUUCGGUAUGUUCACCACUGCUUACGGCAGGCAUUCAUGAAGAUGACGGGCGCCUGCACCUAAGCGCCUAA